CGCCCCUUUCAUCCAGCUCGCUGUGGCCAGAGAGUGCAGUUCAUGCCAGUGUGGGAUCCUCCUGGAAGCAGGCGCGCUGUUUCCUCUCCAGCUCAGCUCAGCUCAGCUCAGUUCAGUUCUCCAGCGCAGCCACCGGCUCACCAGCCCAAGUUUACGCACAGGGAUGCGGGCGCGUGGAGCCGCCUGAAAAUGGCUCUCUUUAGGAUUUACUCUUUCCUUGCUCCUUUUCAUUUAUUGGUGUUGUGUCAAGCCUUGAGGAAUUAUCCGGAUAAUGAAGUUACUCUACUCGACUCUAUGUCUGCCCCAGGUGAUCUGGGUUGGGAAGCGUAUCCACCAGAGGGGUGGGAAGAGAUCAGUGUUAUGGACGAGAGGAACAUUCCUAUGAGGACGUACCAGGUGUGCAACGUAAUGGAAGCCAAUCAGAACAACUGGUUGCGCACUGGACUGAUCCAGCGAGAAGGUGCUCAACGUGUCUAUGUGGAGAUCAAAUUCACUCUGCGUGACUGCAACAGCCUUCCGGGAGUCCCUGGAACCUGUAAGGAGACAUUUAACGUGUACUACCAUGAAUCCAACAACGCCGUCGCCGCACCUUUGCGCCACAUUCGAGAAAGCCAAUAUGUCAAAAUUGACACUAUAGCGGCCGAUGAGAGCUUUACACAGACAGACGUUGGGGAUCGUGUCAUGAAGUUGAAUACGGAAGUGCGAGACAUCAGUAGUCUCAGUAAGAGGGGCUUGUACCUGGCGUUUCAAGACCUGGGUGCUUGCAUUGCUCUGGUGUCGGUGAGAGUCUUUUAUAAGCGCUGUCCUCUGGCGGUGCUCAAUCUGGCCCGGUUCCCGGAUACGGUGACGGGUGGCGAUUCAGCGCUGGUGGAAGUGCGUGGCACUUGUGUGGAGGAUGCGGAAGAGCUCGAGGCACCAAGGAUGUUUUGCAGUGCCGAUGGAGGUUGGCUGGUGCCCAUCGGCCGCUGUGUGUGCCGGCCAGGCUUCGAGGAGGUAGAUGGACACUGCCAACCAUGUCGGUCAGGUUUUUACAAGGCCUCUGCUAUGGAUGCAUACUGCGUGAAGUGCCCCCCACACAGCUACUCCCACCAGGACAAGGCCUCUGAGUGUGUGUGUGAGAGAGGCUUCUACAGGGCCGAAUCGGACCCUCGCUCUAUGGCAUGCACAAGACCACCUUCGGCACCCGGCAAUCCUAUUUCCAUGGUGAACGAGACUGCAGUCACUCUAGAAUGGAGUCCUCCUCGUGAAAAUGGUGGACGUGGAGAUGUCACCUACAGUGUCCACUGCAGGAAGUGCUCUGGAGAAGCAGGGGCUGCAGGAGACAGUGAGAAGUGCGUUCCCUGUGGCAGCGGUCCGCAUUUCAACCCCAGGCAGUUUGGCUUGACGCACCCCAGAGUUCUGGUCACAGAACUACAGCCUCACACCAAUUACACCUUCAACAUUGAAGCCCUGAACGGAGUGUCAGAUCUCAGCCCUAGUCCACGUCAACUAGUGUCCGUCAACGUCACCACCAGUCAGACAGUGAGCGUCAUCUUAAAGGAAAGGAAGGGCACCGACAGUGUAACGCUGGCAUGGCAGGGUCCAGAACCUUCUGACGGGACCGUGGUGGAAUAUGAAGUCACCUAUUAUGAAAAGAACCAGCAUGAUCAGAACUACACUGUGCUGAAGACCAAAUCCAACAGUAUGACGGUGGAUGGACUCAAGCCGGGAACCACAUACAUCUUCCGGAUUCGAGCCCGUACAGAUGGAGGCUAUGGGAACUACAGGGGAGAAAUUGAGUUGGAGACGAGCCAUGAAGAUAUGCUGGCGGUUGGAGAUCCCAACCAGCAAACCAUACUGGCCAUCUCUGUGGCAGGCGGUGCAGUGCUUCUGGUCUUGCUAGUGGCCUGUUUUGUUGUGAGUGGACGGCGCUGUGGAUAUAUUAAAGCAAAGCAAGACCCUGAGGAAGAGAAAAUGCAGUUUCAGCAUGGACGAGUAAAACUUCCCGAAACCCGCACGUACAUUCACCCGCACACAUAUGAGGACCCCAACCAGGCGGUGCGAGACUUUGCCAAAGAGAUCGAAGUUUCCAACAUACGGAUUGAGAGAGUUAUUGGGGCUGGUGAGUUUGGAGAGGUCUGCAGUGGCCGUCUGAGGCUGCCCAGUAAGAGGGAGAUCCAGGUGGCCAUCAAGAGUCUGAAAGCUGGAUAUUCAGAGCAGCAGAGACGUGACUUUCUGAGUGAGGCCAGCAUUAUGGGCCAGUUUGACCAUCCCAACAUCAUUCGACUGGAGGGAGUCGUCACCAGAUGUAAGCCUGUGAUGAUAGUGACAGAGUACAUGGAAAAUGGAUCUCUGGACACUUUUUUGAAGAAACACGACGGGCAGUUCACAGUGAUCCAGCUGGUGGGAAUGAUGCGUGGGAUAGCUGCAGGAAUGCAGUACCUCUCAGAGAUGAACUAUGUGCACCGGGAUUUGGCGGCACGGAACAUUCUGGUGAACGGAAACCUGGUGUGUAAAGUGUCUGACUUCGGGCUGUCGCGUGUGUUAGAGGAUGAUCCCGAGGCGGCAUACACUACACGGGGGGGUAAGAUUCCCAUUCGAUGGACAGCCCCUGAAGCAAUCACCUACAGGAAGUUCACAUCAGCCAGUGAUGUGUGGAGCUACGGCAUUGUCAUGUGGGAGGUGAUAUCCUAUGGGGAACGACCAUACUGGGAAAUGUCUAAUCAGGACGUGAUAAAAGCUGUAGAUGAAGGCUACAGGCUACCGGCUCCAAUGGACUGUCCGGUGGUGCUUCACCAGCUCAUGUUAGACUGCUGGGAAAAGAACCGCAGCGAUCGGCCGAAAUUUGGGCAGAUUGUCAACACUUUGGACAGGCUGAUCCGGAACCCAAGCAGCCUGAAGCAGCUGGCCAACACUGCAGUCUGGGAGGACCCGGUGACUCCAGAGGCAGGGGCCAGUACGGUGGAAGACUGGCUGGACUUGAUUAAAAUGGGUCAGUACAAGGAACACUUCUCCAGCGCCGGCUACGUUACCCUGGACUCAGUUCUGUAUGUCAGCACUAGUGAACUGGAUAAGAUGGGUGUAGCACUGGCAGGCCACCAGAAAAAGAUCUUAUCUAGUAUCCAGUGUCUUCAGGCACACCAUGGGACUCAGGUUCAGCACUGAAGUUCAUCAGCCCUACAGGAGAAUGGGCCGGUAUCUUCCCCUUUGUGAUCAGCAUCCAGAAAGGCAGUAGAUCGCUGCGGAUGUCCGAGAUUGUGAACUUGGAUAUCUAUCCAUCCAAGUGAAGGAAGGACAAGAAUCAACACCAUGUGACAUCACAGCACUGUGAACAUCACGCUUCACUCCUCAUUGUAUAGAAGAAAGACCUUGAGAAGAAACACCGAUUGUGUCUUGUGAAUCUUUUAACUGUUUUGCGAGCGAUUUACUAGUAUGAUUUUCUUCAAUAAGACGCUUAAUGUGAACUGCGAGGGUGAGGAAACCUUCAGCUAGAUGACCUUGCAAACUCGUGUAUGUGGGAAUAGUUUAGAAACCUUCAGACUCGCCUUUAGAAAGCAAUGAAGCACUGAUCUCUCUUUCGCACAUACGCACACAUUUAAACGCUACAUAGAGGGGCCGCUCCUUGACCCCGAAUGCCACUCCGGACUGCUCCCCUCGGCAGCGUCUUCGGAAUAUGUCAAUUCCACCGUGGAGAUCCUAGAGUUCAGAGAGCCCACGCUUGUCACUUUUGACAAGUUCUGACAUCCGAUGUGCAGCAACAGAGGAACGAGAGACGUUUAAGGAAUGAAAAGUAAUUGUUGCUUCACAAACAGAGACUGGACAGCGUGACGAUGUCACGAAGAGGGCAGAUGUCGUUCCUUCCUUCACACUGGCAGCAACUUUCGGUCGUCUUUUUCAACACGUUGAUGUGGAGCCGCUUCAUUUGAUGUGGCUUUUCUUUGCGUAUUUAAAGUAUUUCGCCUCAUUACGUGCAUUUCAUCAUGAACGUGAGCAUCUUUUUUGGAAGGAGGAAGGAUAUGUGUUGAGCAUUUUAUGAGGGAGACUUUAUUCCUAAAUCAUCCUGGUGUUGAUGGAGCUGCACUCGGUGGACUGUUGAACCUGUGUUUGUGUUGGACCCCGUUUAGCGUAGAGGUCUGAUGGUUACCGAGUGCUUGGUACCUUCAGAUUACAUUUCCAUAUGAUAACAAAAUGGAGGAGCUUAAACAUUUUAGCAUACAAUUUCCAUGUUAUUUCAUGCACCAUGUUCACAAUCCCAUGUAAAAAGGUGUCCGCAACAGAUGCUGGUGCUUUAAAAAUAGCUUCAUCCUCCAUUUUCUGGUUUCUCGCCCCGUGUUUCUUGGCAGUGCUUUGUUCUGCGCUUGGAAAUGUGUGAUUGAAGAAGAAACGAUUGUAUUGCAGUAGAACUUGAGACAUUGUACAGUGUUGGUUAUUGUAUUUGUACAGUAAUGACUUAGUGUUUUGAAGGUUUUUGUCAGUUGUAAAUUAAGGCAAGGUGGUAACUCUUAUUUUAACCUUCAACUUUAGCUUUGGACAGACGAGGAUUGUGAGGCUGUAGAAUGUAAUGGAUAAUUUAGCUUUAAGGUGUUGGGGAAAGCUAAGCAUUCUCAGGACUGUUGUUUGUCACUCAUACGUGAUUCAAGAUGGCAGCAGAUCAGACAGAACUGCCAACUCAGUUCUGUCAUUUAUGGAUCCACUUCAUGUUCGAUGCUUUUCGGUUUCAUUGUUCUUAUUUAUUUUUUGUCAUUAUACAGUAAAAAAAAUACACUUUCUUUCUAUGUUUUGUCUUGUUUUCCAAUAAACAUCAGAAUUGCUUAAGAUUUUAAGAAUUGUUUUCCUUAAAAUUACUUAUUUUUCUGCUCUGAAGAAAAAAAAAAAGUUUGUCAAUUUAGAACAAAAAUUUAAAUAUUCUCUGAAAAAAAUAUAUUUACACUACUGUUGAAAAGUUUGAGACCAGCAAAAUAUCUUUGUAAGAAAUUAAUACUUUUAUUCAGCGAGGAUGUAUAAAAUUAGUCAAAAGUGACCAUAAAGACCUUUUAAUUUGUAUAUUUUUUCCUCUGAAAAAUACUGUUCUAUUGACAUUUUUAUUAAUGGAAGAAAUCACCGUUUCCACAAAAAUAUUAAGCAGCACGACUGUUUCCAGCACUGAUAAUAUAAAUAAAUGCUAUUAAAACACAAAUCAGCGUAUUAGAUUGAUUUCUGAAGGUUCAUAAGACACUGGAGUAAUGAUGCUGAAAAUUCAGCUUUGCCAUCACAGGAAUAAAUGACAUUUUAAAAUAUAUGCAAAAAGAAAUUGUUAUAAUAAAUUCUAAUAAUAUUUCGCAGUAUUUCCAUUUUUACUGUAUUUUUGAACCAAUAAAUGUAGCCUUGGUGAACAAAAGAGACUUGAAAAAUAUGAUUGACCCCAAACUUUUGAACAAUAGUAUAUCUUAUCUUUAUUAAUUUAUCUUGCAUUGAUGCUUAUAAAACAUUUUAUUGGAAAACAAGACUAUAGAGAGUUGGUGAAGUUUUUUUGCUGUGCAGAUGCAAACCAUGUAGGUGAAACCGUAUUGAUUUAAUAAGCACAACUUGAGCAGUCUGGUAAGGAAAAUGCUAAAUAAAUUCAAAGUUCAACUUUUUUUUAUUAUUAUUAUUCUUUUUUUUACAUUAUUUAUAAUGUUGGCACACAUUUUCUAAGUGAUGCAGAAGAAACAAAAACAGUGUUAUCCUCUCAUUCUGUGACCUCUUGUGGGAAAGUGUCCCUUUGGCUCAUUGAGUUACAUUUAAUUGAAACCAUAAAGAAGAAUGUUUAUUUCUUCUGAAUAUUUAUUGAUGAAAGUCAAGGUUAUAAUUGUAAUAAUGGGUGCAUCUGCUCUCUCCUUUUAGUAAUUCUUAAUUAGGAGCUAUUCCUAAUUGUCAAAUUACUGAAACAUAUGUGCCUAUUCUGAUUUGUAAUUUCCCAUGCGGCAACAAUAACAGCGAAUAAUUUAAUGAGGCAUUGCAAAAAGCAUCUUCCAGCACAAAACAAUAAACUUUGAAUUCUUGGAGUGAUUUCAAAGUUCUAAUUUUUCAUAUUUUUAGCUUAUAGCCCACUAUUGACACAAACAUGCACACAAACACUCACAGUUCAAUGCAGUAAAAAUUGUCUUGAAGCAUUUUUGACAUUCCUUUUGCUUUUUAAAAAUAAUAAAUGCAGUUGUUUGUGUUUCAUUUUGUGAAGUACUAUUAUACACAGAAAUCUCAUGCAUACUUUGUUUGGUCUGGCAGUUUACACAGUCCACACUACAUGUUACUGGGUUACCUGCACAUUGCAUCAGGACCUGGGAUAGACAUUUUUAGCCAAGAUAGUGAACACACAACUUAAAGUUUGAUUGCCAGGUUUGAAUAUCAGCCAGGAUUAGCAGUGAGACAGGAGAAUAAAUAAAUGUCACUCAGCGGUCGAGACGUGUAGCGCUGUUUGAAAAAUAUUAAUGAUGUGUCUAGAAGUCAUGAAUUAAACUGUAGGAGGCCACUCUCUUGUGGCCGAAAGAUUCAGUAUUACAAAAUUGUUGGAUGGUUUUGCAGUCGUCCUCUGUAACUCACUGUUCCAAUCAGAACUGUUGUUUUGUUGUACGGGUAACCGCACCGUGCAUUACAUAAUUAAAUCAUAUCUAGUGUACCUGCGUUGAAGUGUACGCAUGUGAUGCACUUUGCCACCCACUUCUAAACUGGAGUAUUUCAGCCCUGAGUGUAAAAAGCCUCUCUGGCUUGUAGGAGGUCAGUAAUGGAUACAUGAUCGGAUAAGGCCAUGAAGGGUCACUGAGUCAUUGACUUUAGCAAGCCAGGUCCUCAGUCAGUACCUUAAGAUGUUACCUCUAAUUUUCUGUGUAUCUUUUGUUUUGAAUUUUUCAACAUUGUGAUCAUUUGUGUACCGGUUUGGUUAUUAUUUCAUAAAGCUCUUGUUGAAUUGUAUGCAUUUUAAACAU